AUGAUGCGCCUCCUCACCGGCGCCGGCACCAACGCCGAGUUCAGGUUCUGCCCGCGCUCCGUCGACGCCUUCGGCUCCACCGUCAUCGCCGAGGGGAGCGCCGGCCAGCUCCUCUACUGGGUGCACGCCUGGACCGUCGGGCCCGAUGGGGUGAUCACCCAGCUCAGGGAGUACUUCAACACCGACCUCACCGUCACCCGCCUCUCCGCCGCGGCGGCCACCAACAACGCCAGCGCGGGCUCCCCUAGCCACUCCUCCUCUUCCUCUGCCUCUUCCUCCCCCUCCUCGUCCACGUCCUCGGGCCUCUCCUCGCCGGCGCACACGCCCAAGUGGCCCAAGUGCCUGUGGCAGAGCCGCCGCACCGACCGCGCGCGCAAGUCGCUGCCGGGCCUCGUCCUCGCCAUCUAA